AUGAAACUUGGGCAAAUACGUUUGUGUUCACUACCUGAGGAACUGCUCAAGGAGCGACGAAGAUUAAGCAAAAAUUCGCAUUUAUUGAAGUUUGAACCCAAAGCUCCAUUUGCACAGAGGAACAGAAAAAGAGACAUGGCAGUAGAAGAUUCACACAAGAAACUGAAGAAAAGGAAAAAUACAAAGAAAAAUAUUGAAAAAAACUUGAAGAUGGAAAAUUCCCGGUUUCUCGAAAGUGAAGAUAACUUUUACAGGGGUAACAAGGAUAAGAAGAACAAAAAGAAAUUUACUGGGGACAAAGGUAAUACCAAGACAGUUGAGCUGUCGAAUAUCAAAGAUGAAUCUGGCGCACCAGGUGUACGAAUGAAAAAAAGCGAAAAGUUGAGAGCAGAGAAAAAAAAGAAUGGCAAGAUAGCUAGAGCAGAAGUCAACGUAGUCAGCACGCCAUGUAAUAAUGAGGAUCAAGAUGAAUUUGCUGAUCAAACAGGUACCCCAAAAGAAGCAGGAGAACGUAACAUGCAGAAAUCAAUGAAAAUGAAACGAAAGAACGCGAAGACACUUGAUGUCAGUGAAGUUGAUAAACUCGACAAUGAUGAGGCUCAAGACAAAUUUGCUGAUCAAAAAGAUACCUCAAAUGAAGGAGGAGAAAGUAAAAUGCCGAAAAAAAUGAAAAAGAAACGAAAGAACACGAAGACAAUUGAUAUCAGUGAAGUUGAUAAACUCGACAACAAGGUUGAAGAUGCCACUGAACUGAAAAAUGGUAACUCAAAAAAGGCUCGUAAAAUAAAAAAGAAGGGUCAAUUAUUGAUAAACCAAUCAUCCCAGGAGAAUUCACUAGAGAAGAAAGGAGAAGCAGCAGAAGACGAAGUUUAUGAGAUAUCUUCAGGGGAUGAAGAUAGCUCUAAAGGAAUGAAAAAGUGGAUUAUGGAAUACCAUCAGAGUAGACCUGGACUCAAAGUGCUGCAAGAAAGGAUAGAUGAUUUCAUAGCUGCUCAUGAGGCACAAGAGGAGCAGGCAAGAAGAGAAAGGGAGGCCAAAGCUGCAGAAGGUGGAUGGACCGUCGUGGUACACCAUAAGGGGAGGAAAAAGACAUCUGAUGCUGAAAGUGGAACUGUUGUGGGUUCUGUUGCCCAGGCUGCUGUUCUUGAUAAGAUGGCAAAAAAGAAGAAUAAAGAUGCAGGCCCAGAUUUCUACAGGUUUCAAAAAAGGGAAGCCCACAGAAACGAGAUUAUGAUGCUGCAAAGCAAAUUCGAGCAGGAUAAAAAGCGGAUACAACAGAUGAGAGCUGAAAGGAAAUUUCGACCGUAUUAG